AUGGCGAUUAAAAGUGGAGAUGGCGUGUCGAAGAAGACUGGGAUCAAGUACAAACAGAGUGAGAUGUCCACCAGACCGAGCUCUGGAGGCCAGCAGUACCUGCAAUCUAUCUGGCUAUCGGAAAUUGCGAUUUUUGCGCUGAUCACGCUAUCAGUGUUUUUGUUCAAAUCAAGUUCAAUUCACACCACAAGUGCCUCAUCAAAGUUGAAUAUCCCAGUGUUAUUACCACUUGCCCGAAGCACCAGAAUAUACUUCACAUUGGAAGCAACUGAAGGCUGUUACAGAUGGUCUUCCACCAGACCAGAGGUGGCCAACAUCGAGGCUGUAGAGGCUGACCUCAGCAGACAGUGUUCCCAGAGAGCUGUUCUCCAGGCCUGCUCCACACAUUCCUCCAGACUCACCAGCAUCAUACUGGUUGAGGAUGUCGUAAUGGGACAGGUGCUGCGCUGUCAUGCCAUCGUGGACAUAAUCAGUGAGAUCCAGAUAGUGUCCACCACCAGAGAGCUGCACCUGGAGGACUCACCAUUGGAACUGAAGAUCCACACACUGGACUCUGAAGGAAACACCUUCAGUACUCUGGCGAGCUUGGUGUUUGAUUGGACCAUAGUGAAAGAUGCAGACAGGGAUAGAUUCCCUUACUCCUGCAACUCAUUACGGGUUCUUAAAUUCUCUGAGUCUACUUAGGGAGAUCUCAUCUUGGUGUCAGGACUGAAAACGGGCCACGCUAAGCUCAAGGCGAAAAUACAAGAAUCUCUGUAUAAGAAUGUAGGUGCAGCAGAGGUAAAACUGCUGAUUCUGGAGAACAUCCUGCUGAGCCCUGCAUGUGAUGUCUACCUGCUGGUGGGCACAUCCAUCCAAUACAAGGUCCAGAAGAUCAGACAGGGAAAGAUCACAGAGUUCUCCAUGACCUGUGAUCAACAUGAGCUGCACCUCCAGGACAGUGUGGCUGGUGCUGAUGGAAACACUGACCUGGCUGUGGCUAGUCUGGACCAGAGCACCUCCACUGUUAACGCCCUGCAGCUGGGACACAUCAACGUGCUGCUUUAUCACAAGAGCCUUCGCAUGCAAGGGGUGUCUUGCAUGCCCAACGGGACUCUGUAUGUUGUGGAACCGGGAUACUUGGGAUUUAAGAUGAAUCCUGUAGAGAGCUGGGUUCUAGAAACAGGACGAGUGUAUGAUAUCCUUAUCGAAGUGUUUGACAAGUCAAGCAAUAGGAUUUACUUAUCUGAUAACAUCCGGAUCGAAGCUGUGUUUCCAGAUGAGUACUUUGAGAUUCUAGAGUCCUCCCUGAAUGGGUCCUACCACCGUGUCAAGGCUUUGAACAACGGGCUAACACUAAUUGAUGCUACACUCAAAUCUGUAGUGGAUCAAGAUGGAGGAGUCCAUGAGCUGGCAAACCCAGUCCACAAUGAACAGGAUGUAGAAAUCUACAAUCCCAUAGUCCUCAGUCCCAGUAUCCUCACAUUUCCAUGGCAGCCCAAGGUUGGAGCCUACCACAAUACAGGUAGACUGGCUACAGGGCAGAACCUCUGCAGUGGGGUAAGGGCCCAGGCUCUAGCCACAGGAUACACAGCCCUAACGGUCAGCUACACCCACGGCAAUGUCUACCUCAGUGCCAAGAUCACCAUCGCUACCUACCCACCACUCAAAGCUGUGGACCCUGCCUCUGUUGCCUUGGUGACCCUGGGCUCCUCUAAGGUCAUGCUGUUUGAGGGCGGCCCCAAGCCAUGGAUUCUAGAGCCCUCCAAGUUCUUCCGGAAACUAAGGUCCCGUAGCUACCUCCGACACUGGGUCAGAGCCACCUGUAGAGCCAUAGGAGAACAGGUAUUGGCAGUAACCGUGGGGAACCAGCCCAAUCUGACCAAUCCCUAUCCUGCGGUGGAGCCGGCGGUGGUGAAGUUUGUGUGCGCCCCUACCUCUCGCCUCACCUUGGUGCCUGUGUACACCAGUCCCCAGCUGGACCUCACCUGCCCUCUGCUGCAACAGAACAAACAACUGGUGCCUGUCUCAAACUACCGCAACCCUGUGCUUGACCUGGCUGCCUUUGACCAGCAAGGCAGGAAGUUUGACAACUUCAGUUCUCUGAGUAUCGUCUGGGAGUCGACCAAGGUGUCCCUGGCCAGCAUUGAGCCCACCAUGCCUAUGGAACUGGAACUACUAGAGGACAGCAACAAACAGAAGAGACUUCAUGGUACGGCUUUGAUCAUGCUCAUGAUGGCGGUCCUUGUCCACCACCAGUCUGGGAUUACUGCUAUAACAGUAACAGCUCUGGGUUACCAGGUCCCCCACAUUGAGGCUGCUAAGGUUCUCAGUCCGUUUGACCCUCUGACCCCUGUCUCAGCCACUCUGGAGCUCCUAUUGGUGGAGGACUUGACAGUCAGUCCUGAAGCCGUCACCAUAUACAACCACCCUAACGUGUGGGCUGACCUGGCCCUGUGGGAGGGAUCUGGGUAUUUCUUUGUCAACACCAGUGUUGGAGGGAUAGCAUACGUGGUGCACAAAGAGGCCCAGGGAUCUGCUGAGGUGCUUCCAGUCCAGCCGGGGGCGGUGCAGGUGAUGGUUCAUGACCUCUGCCUGGCCUUCCCAGCCCCUGCUACGGCUACGGUCCACAUCUCAGACAUCCUGGAGGUUUAUGUCCGAGUGGUUGACAAGGUGGAGAUUGGUCAAUCUGGGAGAGCCCAUGUCAGGGUUCUGGAUGACAACAAGAAGUCCUUCCUGGCCAAAUAUUUCCACUUUAUGAAUUUGAAACUCAGUGUAACUUCUGUCAUCGUCUCUCUGCAAGCAUUGUCAGAUCUCUCAGAGAAGGACACUGCUAUCUUCCUGGUCAAAGGCUUAGCUAUUGGACAGACCAGUGUUUCUGCUAUGCUAGUAGCCAGAACUGGAAGGAAGAUUGUAUCUGCUCCUCAGAAAAUAGAGGUCUUUCCACCAUUCAAACUGAUCCCCAGGAAAAUGACUCUGAUAAUCGCAGCAAUGAUCCAGCCCCAGUCCAACAUCCUCUUCUCCAUGGCCAAUGAGCAGAUAGCGUCUGUUAACGGCAUAGGCCACGUCAGGGGCGUCGCUAUUGGCAACGUCACCGUGACAGGACUGGUUCAAGCUGUCGAUGCCGAGACUGGGAAACUUGUUGUCUCUCAGGAUCAAGUAGAGGUUCAAGUUGUGCAGUUGAGGGCCAUUCGCAUCCAAGCCCCUCUCACCAGAAUGAAGACUGGGACACAGAUGCCUGUAUAUGUCAUAGGGCUCAGCAGCAGUCAGACCCCCUUCUCAUUUGGGAACGCCCUGCCUGGCCUCACCUUCCAAUGGACCACCACCAAGACAGACAUCCUGGAACUGCAAUUACGACACGCCGAGGCCUCCGUCCAGCUCCAACCGGAGCAUAACUUUGCGAUGAGUGUGACAGGGAAGACUAAAGGAAGGACCGGCCUCAAGGUGGUCCUAAAGGUCACUGACACCAAGGCUGGACAACUAGAGGGAAACCUACUGGAGCUCAUUGAUGAACUCCAGAUCCAGGUUUAUGACAAGCUGCACAUGCUUAACCCAGCCAUGGAGGCUAAGGAGAUACUGAUGGCUCCCAACUCUGGGCUCAAACUCCAGACUAGCAGGGACGGUGUAGGUUCUCUGUCCUACCGGGUGCUGGAUUGUCCCAACCAGGCUACCAUCGUCCAAGUGAAUGAGAAGGGCCUCCUGUCCUCUGGCUCUCGCACUGGCUCCUCCUCCCUGCUGGUGACCUCACAGGAGACCUUCGGUGUCAAUCAAACACUGGUCCUCGCAGUGAAGGUGGUUCCAGUGUCGUACCUGCGUUUCAGCACCAGUCCAAUUCUACACAGAGACAGCCUGUCUGCUAUUCCUCUGGGCAUGGUCCUUACUUUCACUGUUCAUCUCCAUGCUAACACCGGAGAGGUCGUCAGUCAUAACUCCCUGCUCACGUUCACUACCAACAGGGAUGACCUGGUGCAGGUUGGCCGAGGCCCAUGUAACAACAGGACUGUGCGGACGGCCAACGUGGGUCUCACCCUGCUGGCCGUGUGGGACGAGGAGAAUACGGGGAUGGCUGACUACCUGGCACUGCCAGUCCAGCAUGCUAUCCACCCAGAGAACGCCACGAUGCUGGUGGUGGGAGAUGUGGUUUGCCUGAGUGCCCAGCACCUCAGCCUCCAAGGUGUCCCGGGUACCUGGACCUCCUCAUCCACUGGCGUGCUGCAGGUGGACUCUAAAACGGGCGUGCCCAGAGAUGCAGGCACCGCCACUGUCUACUAUGAGAUCACUGGCCUGCUGAAGACCUACAGAAAGGUAGUGGUGGAGGGGGCCACCAGGACAGCGGUGAUGGGGGACAAGGACACCAGGGUGCUGCUCACCACCAGAGAGAAUGGAAACAAGCUCAUAGGCUCCUGUUCCUUGGCCCAGACUGCGUCUAUCGCCCUGCUGCACCCAGAGAGCUCCGUCAGCUGCCUUCUGAGCUUCACCAGUGACGCUGUCGAGUUCUCCGCACACGACGUCUACCUCAAACACCAGCUUCGAUCCCAGCACCGAUUCUUGCUCUCUGACAUUGCAGCCUCUGAGUGACCAGCAGACCCGGGUGCUGAGCCUGUCCAUGACCAGCCUGUUGGUGAAGGCUGGGGUGAAGGGCAGUGCUUUCUCUGGGGAG